AUGUCUGCCAACGCUGCGUCUUCGGCGUUCUCCAAGUGGUCCAUCCGCGCUGGCAUCCUCGCCAUCUUCUGGGCUCUGUGCAGCUACCUCCAGAGCAUCAAUGACCACUUCUACGUCCUGGACCCCGAGGUGCUGCACGGCUGCGUGAACGCUUCGCUCGCGCGUGCCGAGGCCCAGGGCCAGAACGGCAAUGCCUCGUUCAUUGUCCACAACCUCCUCACCGAGCUUGACAAGGCCUACCCCGACGCCAGCAUGCUCACCGACUACACCGACCGCUCGGAGUGGGUCUUCAACAACGCCGGUGGCGCCAUGGGAUCCAUGUACAUUAUCCACGCCUCUAUUACUGAGUACCUGAUCAUCUUUGGCUCUGCCAUCGGUACCGAGGGCCACACUGGCCGCCACACCGCCGACGACUACUUCCACAUGCUCACCGGCGCCGAGUACGCGUACGAGGCCGGCUCGCUCGUGCGGGAAGAGUACCUGCCCGGCAGCGUGCACCACCUUGAGCGCGGUGUGGUCAAGCAGUACUCGAUGGUCCCCGAGUCGUGGGCGCUCGAGUACGCGCGCGGCUGGAUCCCCCUCAUGCUUCCCUUUGGUUUCGCCGACAUGAUGUUCUCGACCCUCGACGUCCAGACCAUGUACCACACGUCGCGCAUUACCGCGCGCGAGAUGAUCAAGAACCUCCUCCGCGGCAAGUUCUAG